UCGACUCUACCAUGUCGAUAUAACAAACGUGAUAACGAUUUUAAGUGAUUCAAUAUCUUUGUCUCGUGUUGCUCUAAUCGCGUUUGUGUUAAUUUUUUUUUUAAAUAAUGAACAAAAUGACAAUUGAUCCAGCCAAAUCAAUUCCUGCAUUUUACGCUGGACAAAGUAUACUUUUGACAGGUCCAACAGGAUUUCUGGGUAAAGUGUUUAUCGAAAAGAUAUUACGAUCUUGUCCAGAUGUUCGUGAAAUAUUUCUGUUAAUGCGUCCGAAAACAGGAUCAAAUAUUAAGGAAAGGCUCGAGAAAAUAUUAAAUUUACCACUAUUUGAAAAAUUGCGCAAAGAGCGACUUUCGAAUUUUGAAAAAUUAAUUCCAAUUUCUGGUAACGUCAGUGAGAAAGGAUUAGGUUUGUCGGCUACGGACAAGCAAAUGCUGGUUGAAAGAGUGACUAUAAUAAUUCAUGCAGCAGCGAGUGUGAGAUUCAAUAACAGUUUAAAGUAUGCUAUAUUUGUCAAUACCAGAGCAACAAGAGACAUCUGUAUUUUAGCACAAAGUAUGAAGAAUUUAAUCGCAUUAGUAUACGUUAGUACAGCAUUUGCACAUGUGAAUGAACCAUUCGUAGAUGAAAAAGUGUACCCGCCAAUAGCUGAUUGGCAAAAGAUAAUUGAAACAGUCGAGACAUUGGAUGAACAUACUUUAGACAUUUUUUCGGCUAAGUGUUUAGAUUAUGCACCCAAUACGUAUAUUUUUUCAAAAAACCUAGCGGAAAAGGUGAUACAAGAUUAUUCUUCCUCAAUCCCUUGUGCGAUUGUAAGACCUUCCAUUGUAAUGUCAACGAUACAAGAACCUAUCCCAGGAUGGAUAGAUAAUGUUUAUGGUCCAAUAGGACUUUUUAUUGGCGGCGGAAAAGGAAUAUUACGAGUAGCAUGUUUGAAUAAAACUGUUAACGAAGAUGCAGUACCAGUAGACAUUGUCAUUAAAACUAUAAUAAUUAUAACUUGGAAAGUAGGAUUAACCACGUAUGAUCACAGCAUUUCAGAUUCCAUACCUUUAGUUGUAAAUUGCACAUGUCAGAAAUACAUUACAUAUCAAGAUUGUAUAAAGAUGUUAUUUAGUAUUGCAAAUGAGGUACCUAUGGAAGGAACUGUCUGGACACCUCAUACAAUAUUAACAGAUGAUCUUGUUCUAUUCUAUAUACUAACAAUAUUAUUGCACAUUCUACCAGCUAUAUUAAUAGACCUGAUUUUAAAAUUCGGUGGACGCCAACCUAUGUUAGUACAACUCCAGAGAAGAAUAUAUGUGGCCAAUCGUGCUGUGAGUUACUUUUCGUUCCAUGAAUGGAAAUACAGCAGUGUCAAUAGGUUGACUCUGAUGUCAUUAAUACCACGUGACAAUCUUGAUAUGUUUUCUUUGGACUGUUCUAAUAUUGAUAUUAGAACGUAUUGCAAAAAUGGUGCCAUUGGUGGCAAAAAGUUUCUUCUUCGCGAAGACAUGAGUCGAUUGGAAGCAGUCAAAGCACAUAAUAAAAGAGUGUAUCUGUUCGUCAGAAUGAUAAAAACUAUUAUCUCUAUUGGAAUACUAUGGAUAAUAUAUAAGUGGGUCUUCUCCAGUACAUUAUAAAAUUGCUGAUUUAGACUUAUUUGGGAAGCAGACUUUCAAAAUGCGUUUUGUUCCAAAAUUUCAUUUUUUUAGUUAGUGGUGGCGUAGUGUUCAGUAUUGAAAGACUCAUAUUAUAAGCUACUCUGAGAUGUUCAGAAAGCAUUUUUUCAUCGUUAAUUUAUAUUCUGAAAAAACAUAGACAUUUCGAAAUGCACUAUGUUUUUUAACUAGAGACAAACAAGAUACAUUUGUUUAACAUUUUUAGCAAUUGUUUAGCAAUUUUGUUUAAUAUUUCACAUCAUACUGAUUGACAUAUUGUUAUUUUUUGUAAAGUGCGUAAUUUUCUUGUGUGCGUAGCGUUCCUUUCUUUCUCGU